AGCGAAACGGGACAACACAUCGUUUCACCGCGGCAUCUUUACUCCGAUGCGGGGAGGAUCUUCGCUAGACACGGGCCGUUGACACCCUGCUGGGCUUGUCUCCGGCGCACCCCUGGCGUUUCCCCAGACGAAACUGUCAUCACCUUCCUCAUGUGCUCGCUUGAACAUGGGCGUGAUCAUCUUUUAGAAGGUUUCGUUAGGCUUGCAUGAGAAAGAGAUGGUUCUAAAAGUCUUGAGUUUCCUACGCGGUGAGUUUUGCCGUUGCCUGCGAUGUCACGCAAGCACCAAGCUUGCCAGCGCUAUAAGUUGAAUGGGUGCACCUUCUGCUCGUCGUGCAUGCAAAAUAUUCUGGGGAGCAGCAGCCUAACAAUGGCAACUUCACUUCUCCUCAUGGCUGCCUUUGUGGCGCCGGUUCUGGCAAAGACUGUUCGCUCACUGACACCACCGAUGGGAUGGAAUUCCUACAAUAGCUACAGCUGCUCUCCAUCCGAGGAGAAGAUCAAGCACAGCACCGAUGGUCUAAUCGCGUUGGGUCUCAAUAAGCUCGGUUACAACUUCAUCACUGUUGACUGUGGCUGGCCAUCACGAGAUCGAAGCCCUGAAGGCAAGCUUCAAUGGAACGAGACAUUGUUUCCCUCUGGUGGCAAAGCAUUGGGCGACUACAUCCACAACCUUGGGCUCGAAUUCGGUCUGUACUCAGGCGCGGGGUAUCUGCAGUGCGGCAGCACGGACUUGCCCGCAAGUCUUGGGUACGAACAACUGGACGCUGAGAGCUUUGCUGAAUGGGGUGGCGACAGUCUAAAAUACGACAACUGCUACUCCACGUCGAACGCCACAAUGGUCGAUGCUUCCUCAGCCGAAUCGCAGUCACCAGCACGCUUCCAAUACAUGGCCGCCGAGCUCGAAGCCGUAGACCGCGACAUCCAGUACUUCGUCUGCCAAUGGGGCAUCGGUAUCGAUACGGGCGAAUGGGCAUCCAAGAUCGGCAACUCCUGGAGAAUCAGCAACGACAUCUACAACGCCUGGCGCAGCAUCUGGCGUAUCACCAACCAGGUCGUGCCGUACUACAGACACACAACUAUAGGCGCUUUUGCAGACAUGGACAUGCUUAUUGUCGGCCUUAACGCUCUUUCAGAAGAAGAGGAGCGCUUCCACUUCGGCAUGUGGGCUGUCAACAAAUCACCCUUAAUCAUCGGCGCCGCAGUCGAUCCAGAAAAACUUAACAAGCACUCUCUGGACAUUAUGUCCAACAAAGAAGUCAUCGCGCUCAACCAGGACCCUCUCGCCAAGCAAGCACAGCUCGUGCGCCGCUACACGGAAGAAGAGUACGACAUCUGGCUCGGCGAGCUGUCCGGCUCCCGUCAAAUCCUUGGUGUCGCAAAUUGGAAGAACAGCUCGCAAAGCAUCGAAAUUGACCUCACAUCUCUCGGCAUUGGCUCUGCGCAAGUCCGCGACGUAUGGGCAGCGAAGGACCUUGGAUCUGUAGAAGGAAUCCAGAAGCUUGACCUUGCCGGCCAUGAACUUCGCCUCUGGCUCGUUUCCAAUGUCACAGCAGCGGCACCUCUCAAGUCUACUGGGUACCACUCUGCUUCGAACGCCACUCUUGCUGGCUCAGGUAAGGUUGUAUCCUGCUCAUCAGGCACCUGUCUACCUACUGGAUCAAAGGUCGGCAACAUCGCUCUCGGCUCUAGCGUCAUAUUCACUUCCGUAUCUGCUUCGUCGUCUGGCAAGAAGACACUCGGAGUCGACUUUGUGAACUACGACUACGCUUUUACCACGGCGUGGGAGUGGGGUGACAAUGCCAGAAACGCAACUAUCGCGGUCAACGGCGGGAAAGCCAAGCGAUGGGCGUUCCCGCUGUCUGGAGGUAAUUGGGAAGAAAGUGCACGCCUGAUCAUUGAGGCAGAUGGCUUUGUUGAAGGUGCAAACAACACUGUUUUGUUUGGUGGCUUUGGAAAUAGCACGAGCUGGGCGCCUGACUUUGUUGGGUUCGAGAUUCUAGAGUAAACAGUAGGUGAACUUCGA